AUGAACUACAAUCUCCACCCAGUUUCGUAUCUCAACGGAGAUCGCAUGGCAGAAGAAGCCGACGUGGACGGCAUGUCACCCUCCGCUUCUUCGCAAGGUAAUGACUCUCCACAGUCGUCUUUCACGUCGCAAUCGUCGGCAAACUCACCCAUCCAUCAAGGCAAAAAUCACUCCACAAAUAUGACUUUUGAGCCACUUGAUUUCUAUCCCCACGACGCCAGUGGUGCUCAGCGUGGACACGGCGACACGUGGAAGCCAUAUCCGGCUGUAGAAUUGCCAAACACCUCCCAAAUUAACGGUUCUAGACCCGCUCCAAGCACUGCUCACGAACCGGCCACCGCCACCGAAAAUGCCAACGAACACAACGAAAACGCCAAAUCAAAGAAAACAUACAGAAAAGUGCGCAGCGAGGACCUCCAAGGUCCAUUCCAGUGCCGCUGGGAGGGCUGUAACGAAGUUUCCGAGACACCAGAAUUGCUCUAUGACCACCUCUGUGAUGUCCAUGUGGGCCGCAAGUCGUCCAAUAAUCUCAGUCUUACUUGCCACUGGGAAAACUGCGGAAUUUCCACCGUCAAAAGAGACCACAUAACUUCACAUCUUCGUGUCCAUGUUCCACUUAAACCUUACCAUUGUGAUGUGUGUCCCAAGAGUUUCAAGCGUCCUCAAGAUCUCAAAAAGCACCUGAAAAUCCACUCCGAAGACCACUCGCGUAACAAAAAGAGAGGCUCUCGUGACGACUCACCCAUCCAUUCUGCUGGCUCUUCGGUUCCUCCAAUGUCCCAAUACCCUGUUGCAAAUUAUAGCCACGGAAACAUCCCACCAUACGGUCCUAUUCAAGGCUCCUACCCACAACCCACAUCUGCAUCUUACCUUGGGAACGACCCAUCUCGCAAGAGAAGGGUGGACCAGAGUCAGAUGGCAGGCUACAUUUUGAACGACUUUUUCGGCAGUCAGCCCGACCAAAAGAAGAUGCGCUAUGGCGGUGAACCUCAGUAUAAUCUCGAGAUGUUUGGUCGCCUCAAUCUGCUUGAAGAUCAGCUCGAGUUGAACCCAAGGACACCAGCAAUUUGGGGCUCCAGCACCUGGUCCUUCAUUCAACAAUGCUGCAAAUCUUCAGGAAGCCGAACGGUUUUUCGGCUCCUUGUCCAACUCGAUCGACUUACAGUAUCAAUCCAUGCACGAUGCACACCAUCACCAUCCCUCACACCAAACCUCGGCGGUUCCACAACAAUUGUACCCAAGCUUACCACAACCUAA